UAGUGCGAGUGUUAGAGUGCAAUGCUUCCGUGUGUGUGUGUGCGUGCGUGUGUGCAGGGGCGCCGUCAGGAAUAUUGGGUCACAUGGAUUAAAAAAAUAUGUAUUUUCUAUUAGUUUUUCUAUUUUUUGGGGCCCCUCCCAGUCAGGGCCCCUUGGAAUUGUCCUAACCCCCCCCCCCCCAUAUGGCGCCCCUGUGUGUGUGUGUGUGUGAGAGACAGGUUGUUAGUGCCUUACCUGCCCACCAGCUAAUCCUCCCUCCCCUCUGUUGUUAUCCAGAGUUGCUAGCGACUCCUACGCAGUGCAGGUGUUAUCUCGGGGUAUUCUCUCUCCAGUUCUGCAGGCUGUGUUGCCCUUUCAAACCCAACACCAGCAGCUGAACUGUGAACGUUGGAUUGUGUGAAAUGCACUGUCAGUUGGCAGUUUUUCCUUUUAAUUGGACAAUCUCCUCUCCCUCUCUCACCGCGGCCGAAAGUGUGACAGGCUUUCUGGCGAUGGUGUCAAAGGUGCCUCCUUUUGAGUCAGUGACUGCCUUUAUGACCUCCCUUGAUGUCUGACUUCUCAGAAGGGCUAGGAUGGUGAUGCAUAGACUGUAGAAGUCAACAACCAAGAGAAAUAUAGGAUGAAGCUGAACUGUCAUUUGAAACUCUUCUAGUUGUGCCAGUUGAACCACAGCUGAAAGUGGAAAGGGCAAAGUUGAAGGGGAACCUUUUUUGAUUGUUAUUCGAUGUCGGUUGAGAAAUGCACUAUAGUAUUUCAGUGGUGAACCUUGGAAUACUCUCGUUAUCGAAACAUGUAAAAGUCUUGUGAAGCUGUCAGAUGUUAAAAAUAACACAUGUCCAUAUAUUGUAUCCAUAGCAAUGCCAUGUACUCAGAAGUAGUGAUAUUUAGUCUGGUAGAUAAAACCUUCAAACUAACCUACACACAAGCCUGGUUCCCCAUAGGCCACUGGAACUUCAAGACUUGGUUUGUUUGAAGUGUUUGGUGGUCUAAUGGCUGGGUGAGGUACCGUCAUUUGGCUGAUUGUUACGCCAGACCUGAAGGGUAGUGUUUAACGGCCGUUCAACUAACCUGGAAUUUACAGGCUGAGGGGCAUUUUUCACUAGCACAAUCCAGUUACAGGCUGAAUUUGUUUAUUUCAAUAUAAAUGUGUGUCUAGGAACCCAAUACAGUAUGUCUUUACGUGUAUUGUUUGCUUUGAAGAUGAGUAUUUCGUUUGUCUUUUGUGGAUGGUGCUCUGUGGAUGACUGGAUUAGCAACACUUAAGUCCGUCAAAAUGAUGCUUUAGUUAUGCAACUGACAGAAUGUUAUAUCGAUUUUGUUUUUGAAUUCACGUUAGGGCCAAGCUCACCCUUUUGAGUCACGCGCGCUUUGCUGUCUUCCUGUGAACGCGCGAACCCCUAAGCAAGAGCCAGCUGGUGAGGGGAGAACAGGGGUUCCUCGAGACCUUCAAUUGAUGUGAGUGGGUGGUGUUCUCAUCUUGCGUCCAAAUAAAGCCCCAUAUCUCUGUCUCUCUCUCUCUUUCUCUCUCUCUGCGCCCGGAGGCUCGCAUGCGGCAGUGGAACAGAGCCGAAGCCAGCAGCCGGUUAUAGCUCUAGCUCUGUCCGAGUGCCUCCUGGAUGCUCUCCAACUCCGCGGAGUCGGUGUGUUCCCCGAGGCUGCUGAGAAACAGUCUAGUUGGGCAGCUGGCCGAGCGGCGCUGCGGUGAACAACGGAGCGGUGAGACAAGGACAAGUGUAGAAACUUGGACUCCAGGCUGUUCUUGUGACAAGAGGCGAGUGCCCAACACUGGUGUAUAGUUGUCACGGACAAGCACAAGAGUAGGCUAUAGGUUUGUUUGUGGGCUGUAUGGAAAAUGAGAACUUCGUUCCUCCCUUCAUCUAUGUAGUUGAGAGACGCUGAUGCGCACUCGACGGACGCUUAGCAUCAUUCACUUGGCACUCAACUUUCUCCAUUUUCCGGAUCGCAAGAAGACCUAUGCAUUUAUGUUGCUCUUAGUCUCUUGAUAGUAAGACAUACUAAUAACGUUGGACUAAAGAUCAGUGUGAAUAACAGGCUGAUAACAUUUAGGUUAGGCUAUAUUGACAUUUAGGGAGUAUGGAUAUGGUCGAACAUUGGCUGUAAGAGCCAAUAAUGGAUAUUUACGAGUCUCUUUCGAUUUGGAUAUAAUUUGUUCGCUUCGUGGAUUGAGAGGGGCAGCCCCUACGAUGCCGAACAAGGCUCGGGACGUGCCGGUGAACUCCUCUCCCGCGGUGGCGGCAAACGCGGAGGGAGAAGAGAUCGAGGUGUUGGAAAGUACCGACGUCCUUCCAGUCGCUCCCGAAGACCAAUGGAAGUCUCUGUUUGACAAGUACGACCCAGAGAGCUCAGGCUUCAUCAGUACGGAGCGCUUCAAGGACCUGCUGGACGCCCACGGCUCGGAGCUCGACCCCCACAAGCUGGAGGUCCUAUUGGCCCUCGCCGACGGCAACGCCGACGGGAAGAUCUGCUACCAGGACUUUGUCAACCUGAUGAGCAACAAGCGCUCCAACAGUUUCCGGCGGGCCAUCCUCCAGGGGGGGCGUCACCUGAAGGGGGCGGGGCUGAGGGAGGAGGUGGGGCUGGGCCUGUCCCAGAGGCUGGUGCGCCACGUGGCCUACGAGACCCUGCCCCGGGAGAUCGACCGCAAGUGGUACUUCGACAGCUACACCUACUGCCCCCCUCCUUGGAUCAUCCUGGCCAUCACCAUCGCUGAGGUGGCGGUGUUCAUGUACUAUGGCCUGCAGCUGGACCGCUGGGUGCUCCAGGUGUCCAGCCCGUCCUUCCUGCGGAGCCCCCUGCCCUACCACCCCCAGCUGAGAGCCCAGGCCUGGCGCUACCUCAGCUACGCCUUCAUGCACGCAGGGAUAGAACACCUGGGUCUGAACAUGGCCAUGCAGCUGCUGGUUGGCGUGCCUCUAGAGAUGGUCCAUGGAGCCCUGAGGAUCGGACUGGUCUACGUGUGUGGCGUUCUGGCAGGCUCCCUGGCGGUGUCCGUCACGGACAUGACCGCUCCGGUGGUGGGGUCAUCUGGAGGGGUCUACGCCCUGGUCUCUGCACACCUGGCCAACGUCGUCAUGAACUGGUCGGGGAUGAAGUGCCAGUUUAAGCUGUUCAGGAUGGCCAUGGCUCUGGUGUGCAUGAGUGUGGAGUUCGGCCGGGCCGUGUGGCUCCGGUUCUACCCCCCGGCCUUCCCGCCCUGCCCCAACCCCAGCUUCGUGGCCCACCUGGGAGGUGUGGCGGUGGGCCUGACCUUGGGCGUGGUGGUCCUCCAGAACUACGAGCAGCGGCUGCAGGAGCAGUCGCUCUUCUGGAUCUUCUUCUGCGUGUACGCCCUGUUCGUCCUCUGCGCCGUCUUCUGGAACGUCUUCGCCUACAGCCUGCUGGAUGUCCGGCUUCCCCCGGCUCCGUGAGCUCCGGACUGGUUUCCGGAAGCCUCUUAGCCGCACACACACCCCCCCCCCCUCCACCCCACCUCACCCCCCCUCCCUCCCCCCACACACACACACACUCUCCCAUCGUUCCAGAGCAAGGGUGGCAAGAUGGCCGCCUCCUGGUGAGUCUAGGGAGGAAUGAGGUACCACCGUUCCGAAUGGUUCUGCUUAACUGGAUUGAUACGAAUGUGACGCCAUUCGCCUGGGCCCUCCCCCCCCCGCCCCCCCCCCCCCCCAACCCAGUGGUGCCUAUUGACAAGGAAAAAUCUGGAGCUGAUUAGGAGACCUAGCCACAGCCGAGGAUCAUAGGGUUUCAGGUUUUGGUGCCAUAUACUCCUAAUCUACCCCAACGUGAUGAGUCUGAAGGAUGACCAGUGUUAUAUUGCAGAAGUGGAACAGGAUAUCUAAUGAUAUCGUUUGGCCAAGUCUUUGGGUCUGUGCAGCCACAUUUGGCCCUUUCAAGAUGCUCCUGGUUAAUGCGUGCCAUUGGCUCAAAGAAACAUUGUCGUGUUGAGCACUGUCGUAACCUCAAAUGUGUGUGUGCCCUUGUGUGUGCGUGUGUCGAGUAUGGUGCGUGUACCGUCUGUGAAUGCACAGUUCGCCAUGGUAGGCGGUGCUGGUAUGCUUAAACGACUUUGUGAAAUCAUUUGGUUUUGAAAUAACCAACACAGAGACAGUUCAGCCUUUGUUUUCCAGGAUGUUGCCAAAUGAUCUCACAGCCUUUAGCAUUGAAGGGACAGAAAACACAAGUGGAGGACUGUUUUAAGUGUUAUUUAAGCUCUCUCUAUUGCCUUUUUGACUGUCAUGUAUCGGGUGGGUCAAAUAUAAUUUGCUCCCUGCAUUUGCAUAUGGGAGACAAAAUGGAUACUUGUCAUUGGUUCGUUAAACUCUCAACAAGUAUGUUGCCCUCCAUCCACAAAAUGAAUUUAAGCUACGGGGUUCAAAUAUCCCUUGAUCCAUUCCUGUAGUCUGAAAUGGCUUUCCAACCCAUCAUGUUCACUGAUCGGACAUGGAUCCACAGGUGAAAGAAUGGAAGGCUUAAGGGUGUUUGCCUGACCCACUCCAACCAUCAGACCAAUGACGAGAUGAAGCGGCAACUAUUAAUACCACUCUGACGUUUUCCUGAAUUGGAUGCUGUGUUCGUAUCACAUAAACCCCAACAAGUCUGACCUCACACCCCCCCCCCCCACUCACUGUUCUGCACUGUUCCUUAACGUACAUUACACUGGUAACUGCUUGCACAAAACAAGCUAAAAGACUUUAAUGAUAACAAAAUUGAUAUUUUAACUUGCAAUAGCUGGUGAUUUUCCUAACAUGAACAUAGGCCUAUUGGUAUUAGCUGUACAGUGUUCAGUUGGUCUGCGUUGUGAUGUUGUGAUCUUGUAUCCUGUUAAAACGUUGAUUGAAGGUGAUUUGGGAUUGUAUAUAAUAAGGGCUAUAAGGAAGAAGAAAAAAAAACACAAAAGAAGAGUCAUCGAUAAUAUUUUAACAUGUGCAUAUUUUGUAGAUUUGAUAUGUAAAUAUUGGAAUACAUUAAACAGUUUU